AUGCAAACACUCAAGCAAGUACUAGUGUCGUGUGUGCAUCCAGAGGAUCGAAACACUAUCAUCACCGAUGUGACUACUGCCAUUGACAAGUGUUAUCCGACAAUGUCUAAGCACCGGAAGGUAUUCAAAACAUGGUCAACAGUUUAUUAUAAUUGUAAAGACAAUAUACGAAAAGAAAUACCCGAUAAAGGCCUAUUAACAAGUGACUUUUUUCAGCAUCAAUCAAUUACAUUCGGUUUUGAUCGUAAUUUAUUCUCGGAUAGGAAAGUAACAAAUAGACAGCAACGUUUAUUAAAACCAGAAGAGUGUUUGGGUAAUCAUGAACCCACUUAUGAAGUUAAUAAUCAAUCAGAUGCCUCACUAGAUGAAAAUGAUACUGAUAUACACGUUACAUUUGAUGAUCGACACAGAAUGGGUUAA